GGGACAGAACGAGGACCAUGUAUCCUGGUGCAGGGCAGCCAGGGAUGUACCCUCCAGGGGGACCUGUACCCCCUUCAACUUCUGGGUGCCCAGGGGUUAACCCUAUCCACCCACCAUUAGCCAAUCCUGCAUACCCUCCAUGUACCUUUCCUACCCCCCCAGGGGGGUGCCCAGGGAAUCCAGCUUAUCCUCCUGGAGCUUUUGGCCCUGGGCAUCAGCCAGGGUACCCAGGGUGCCCACCCUUAGGUCCCCACCCUCCCCCAGGACAGUACCCACAUCCUGGCCCUUGUGUGCCUUCUGUGAAUCCCUUGGCUCCAGGGAUGGUGGGGCCGGGUAUAGUGAUGGAUAAGAAGAUGAGGAAAAAGAUGAAGAAGGCUCAUAAGAAAAUGCAUAAACAUCACAAACAUGGCAAGCAUUCUUCCUCCUCCUCCUCCUCUUCCAGCAGUGACUCUGACUGAAUCCUGGGCCCUCCUCCCCCCAAGUCACACCACCCCAGCUCUCCCAUCAAGCCUUGGACGCCAUAUUGUGCUGGGGGAAGAUAGCCUGAAGCCCCAACCUCAGCCCAACCCUAUUCACCCCUUUGCCCAAUUGACUGGCGAAGGUGAGGAAAGGAUCUCAAUUGGCCUGAGGAAGUCCAUUUUUUUAACUCCUAGAUUGGGGGGAGGGGAGUACUCCUUUCUGAAGAUGUGUGUCCUUUGAGCCAAAUGCUGAAGAACAUUUUAGUAUCUGGAAAAUGUGAUUUUUAAAAAUUCAUUUUGUAAUUUAUGUGGGAGAAGGAGAAGGGGGGGUGUGGUAUUACCAAGGAAGUUGGUCUGGGGGUGGUAGUCUCAUGCGAAUGGGUGUGGGAACUACAUUUCCCAGCAGACUGUGCAGUGUGCUCAGUCCAUUGCCUUCUGGGAAAGAGAGUUCCUUUGAAUAGGCUAAUGUGGGUGCCAUUUUGGAACCUCAUUUCUUGGUGAGCUCUUUUCAUCUGAAUCAUUCUCUGGUCUUACUCUGUUUCUCUCACUGUGCUUCCCAAUAAAGCUGUUUAUCCCAGUCUCCA